GGUGCUUUGUAAAUUAAACAAUCAGGAUUUGUUGAAAGGAGAUGAAAAGCGAGGAUCAGACAAGAUUUUUGCUUGGAAUUUCCCUUUCAGAUAGACCAAAAUGGCAGCAGUUUCUAAUUUGCUCAUUUGGGUUCUUCUUUGGUUACCUUGUUAAUGGCAUUUGUGAGGAAUAUGUUUAUAAUAGGCUUCAGUUUAGCUAUGGAUGGUAUUUUACUUUUGUACAAGGAUUUGUUUACUUGAUAUUGAUAUGGCUUCAAGGCUUUACAAUGAAGCAAAUGGUGAAUCCAUGGAACACAUAUGUUAAACUAUCAGGUGUUCUCAUGGGUUCUCAUGGAUUAACCAAGGGUUCAUUGGCUUACCUUAACUAUCCUGCCCAAAUUAUGUUUAAAUCUACCAAGGUACUGCCAGUUAUGAUUAUGGGUGCCUUCGUUCCUGGCUUGCGAAGGAAAUACCCAUUUAAUGAAUACAUCUCUGCUUUGCUUCUUGUGGUUGGUCUCAUCCUUUUCACCUUAGCAGAUGCUCAAACAUCUCCAAAUUUUAGCAUAAUUGGUGUGAUAAUGAUUUCGGGUGCUUUAAUCAUGGAUGCAUUUUUAGGUAAUUUUCAAGAAGCAAUUUUCACCAUGAAUCCGGAAACAACACAGAUGGAGAUGUUGUUUUGCUCAACAAUAGUUGGGAUUCCUUUCUUACUUGUGCCAAUGGUUCUAACAGGAGAGCUCUUCAAGGCAUGGAGUUCUUGUUCUCAACAUCCGUACAUUUAUUACGUUCUAGUGUUUGAAGCCAUGGCUACAUUCAUUGGUCAAGUGUCUGUUUUAUCCCUGAUUGCUAUUUUCGGUGCAGCUACAACUGCCAUGAUAACAACUGCUAGAAAAGCUGUAACUUUGUUGUUGUCGUACAUCAUAUUUACAAAACCAUUAACCGAAUGCCACGGGUCAGGACUGUUGCUGAUAUCCAUGGGAAUCAUAUUAAGGAUGUUGCCAGAAACUAAACCAUCACCUAGGGUUCAAGGAUCAAAUGCAAAUGCAAAGAAACCAAAGCCUCUUUUACAGAAGUAGAGAUGAACAAGAAAAGAAAACCCCUAGUCUGACAAAAAAAAGUGUCCUUUUAUUCCGGGGUUUAGCUCCUAAUUCAAUA